CUUAAAUCCUGGCUUCGCCCGUGCAUGCAACCAAUCAUUCUUUCACCAAAAAUUUCAGAAAACAAACACAAGCAUAAACACAAAUGGCAAACAAGUCUUCCUCUGCUUUUCUUCUCAUCUGCUUCUUUUGCUUGAUCAUAAGCCCACUCUUUGUCCAACUGGGUCUUGCUUCACGAAUCUUAGCUGAUGAUAUGAGGGAAAAUAAGACAGACAAUGGACAAAGUAAAAGUGGUGUUCAUGGAAGUCAAUCAGGCCACGCAGGCUCUUACGUCGGAGAUGGUCCUCCUUCUGGAACAGUCUCAAUGUCUCCUCCUACCUCGACCACUAAGAGAAAUAAUCCUCAUAGUCCUGAUCCUAAUAAUCAAAAAGAAAUAUGCAGCAAUAUGUAUAAUCGUGCUUGCCCUUAAUUAUGUGAGAGUGCAUGGUAUAAUCAUUGUUCUAUAUAUAUUCUGGUUCACCUAUUUUGUGUCAUCUUUCAUUAGAUGGUUCAUUUGUUUAAGAUAACUUAAAUCAAAAGAAAUAAUGGGAUUCGUUAUAUAUGUUUUAAGAGCAUACAUGGAGGAUUAUAUGUUACUCUGUUUUGCUCUGUUAUUAAUGGUUGAUUAAGAGCAUCUAUAUAUGAAGCUU